AUGCUUUACACUUUCAUUAAAAGCAGAGUUUUCAAAAAGAGCUCUCCCAAUGGAAAGAUCACUGUUUACUUAGGAAAGCGUGAUUUCGUUGAUCACUUGACACACGUCGACCCGAUCGAUGGUGUCGUUCUCAUUGAUCCCGACUAUAUAAAAAACCGAAAGGUCUACGGACAUGUGCUAGCCGCAUUUCGCUAUGGCCGCGAAGACUUGGACGUCCUGGGCCUCACCUUUCGCAAGGAUCUCUUUCUCUCGAAUGAACAAAUAUUCCCCAUAAAGGAGGACAACAACUCUCGCCAGCUGACCAGGCUACAGGAGCGGCUGAUCAAAAAGUUGGGUGCUAAUGCAUAUCCUUUUUACUUUGAGCUUCCGCCGCACUGUCCCGCCUCGGUGACGCUGCAACCGGCGCAGGGCGACACGGGCAAGCCGUGUGGAGUGGACUACGAACUGAAGGCGUACGUCGCCGAGACGCAGGAGGAGAAGCCGCACAAGCGAAACUCGGUCCGCCUGGCCAUUCGCAAGGUGGUCUACGCUCCGGGCAAACAGGGCGACCAGCCAUGUGUCGAGGUGAGCAAGGACUUUGUCAUGUCGCCCAACAAACUGCACCUCGAGGCAUCACUUGACAAAGAGGUGUACCACCACGGGGAGGAUAUAGUGGUGAAUGUGCACAUUGCCAACAACUCCAAUCGAACUGUUAAGAAGAUCAAAGUGUCCGUCCGCCAGUUCGCCGAUAUAUGUCUCUUCUCUACCGCACAGUACAAAUGCUCCGUGGCUGAAGUGGAGAGCGAAGACGGCUGCCCGGUGGGACCGGGAUUCACACUCUCUAAAGUGUACUACCUCAAGCCGAUGCUGGCGAACAACAAAGACAAGAGAGGACUAGCGCUGGACGGCCAGUUGAAGCAUGAAGACACAAAUCUGGCCUCCUCCACAGUGAUCAACGAGAACUUGCAGAAAGAAAACUUAGGUAUUAUUGUGCAGUACAAAGUCAAAGUAAAGCUUUGCUUGGGCCCCUUGGGCGGUGAUCUGGUCGCUGAACUGCCUUUUAUUUUAAUGCAUCCCAAACCCGAAGAGGUCAAGAUGAGCGACAAAACAGUAAGCACGUGCAAGCUACAAGAUUCAAGCAACGAUUCUCAGGUUCAAAGUUUAAUUCAACUCAG